UUACAGUUUUAGUACUACGAUCUGGUUAGUUAAUAUGUAUUUUUAGACAGUGGGGUUAACUAAAUAUGGCUUCCAGUCGACAAAAGGCACUGGUAUAUAAACAAUGUUAAACUUAACUGAUAAGACAAUACCAGCCAUCAACAUUUUCUUUCCCCCCCCAAUCAAAAUUUCAACCUAAUUGCAUCGCAUUAGGUCAUAGCCAGGAUAUGUGGUCAUUGCACACCGGCCAAUGAGGAUGAGCGAGGCUGUGGCUGAUCCUCAUCCUGACCACCUGUUCCAUCUUAAAGGUUUUCUGCAGAGGCAUGCUUAGAGAAGAGUGUGGAGGGAAAAAAGCAGCAGCCUGCUACAGAAAACAUGUCCUUAAAAAGAGAUCUGACGUUCAAGUAGUUGAAUUGUCUGUAGCCAGACUGAUUUUGCAGGAUGUCAAUGAGAACUCUCCCCCUGGUUUUUAUUAACCUUGGUGGGGAGAUGCUUUACAUACUGGACCAGCGCCUGCACGCUCACAGCACUUCUGAGGACAAGUCUGAGAAGGCUGCAGGAGUGUGGUCUGAAAAUGACAGAAAAAGAGUGAUGAACGACAUCGUCGGGACCAUGUUCAGUCAAGCCUUCAUGGAUGAAAUUCUGAAACCUCAGCUGUUGUAUUCACACAGGACGAUGAAAGUCGUCCUGACUCGCUUGGCGCACGUCUCGAUCAUGAAGUUGAAUGCGGUCAGCAUGGAGAAGCUCUACGAGCUGAUGCUCAUGGCCUUCAAGUAUCAAGUCUUCCUCUGUCCACGCCCGAAGGACUUGCUGCUCAUCUCGUACAAUCACAUCGACACCAUCAGGGGAUUUGUGAAAGACACCCCGGCAGUUCUCAACAAAGUGGACGAGACUCACAGAAAGAUCAUCGAGAUCUACUCGUCUAUGACUGCGGGUGAAUUCCAGCUUCUCCGUCAAACUCUGCUCACGUUCUUACAGGACACGCACAUCUGCGUAUCCAUUUUCCUCAAAAACAAAAUCCAGAAUCCCAAUGGGCGUUUCGCCCUGUCAACCUCGGGCCCAGUACCUCACGGAAUGGACGUUCCCGGGGUCAUUCGGAUAUUUGACAGGAAGGGACGAGAAAUGCGACAGAGGCGCUUCGCAUCGGGGGGAAGUUACAGCCACCCGACGAAAGAUGCAUCAUUUGGCCUGCAUGGGGACCGAGUCAUCAAAUUGGGCGUGAACAUGUACAACGUAAAUCUCAGAGGGGAAUCAUCCAAAGUUCCCUCAGUGAAGAUGGAUGCUUCUCCCAACCCAUUGGCGAAAGAAGAGCUCAAUUUGCUGGCCUGUCUGAUGGGCACCGUUGAGAUUGAGAACGCGUCCGGUUGUGAAACUGGCUUUCAGAUCAACUUGCUUGCCUCAGCCCAAGAAGAGGAGGAAGGGGGAGCUUCAGGUGGAGCCGAUGAGUCAUUUGAAGUGAUAAAUAUACAAGCCCUGAAGGAUGAACAUUCCACAACUCAGCUGGCUCAAAUCGCCAAACUUUUUGUUGAACAAGAGGAGACAUCAAAUAAUGUGAAUAGCAAUAAGGGAGAUGAUCUGCUGGCUAUGAUGGAUGACCUUGGACCCUUGUAACAUGUUAAUUGUGGCAUCAAACCACACUUCACUGGAGUGUAUCCCAGCUAAACACAUGAUUACAUAAAUUAUUUAAAGAAAGUUCUAAUUUAUUGCAGUCCACACUAUUCUUUUUAAAUAAUAAAAUAUUGAUUGUG